UGCCGACCAUUAAGUUUAACCCUACAUUAAUAUACCAAUCAAGGUGCUUUAGUGUUUUCCACCUACCACGCACUUUACCAUUUAUCCUUUCUUCUUCCUCAUAGUUAUCCCAAAGUCCAAACUCCAAUCGCCAUCUUCAUCUUCAAUCUAUUCUUCUCUGCCACUUUCAUCAAGAUUCUUGAUUUCCAUAAACAGAUCAUCAGAUUUACCAUUUCAGAAUAUCUGAAUCCAAAAAAGAAACUCCCUUUUCUAUUUAUCAAAAUUUGACCUUGUUGAGAUAUGGAUAUCUCUUACCCCAUAACUGAAAGAACCAUAGUGUGACAAAAAGGUUCAUUCCAAUUUGGACUGGUGUUUCUGCUAAAGCUAGGAACGUGAGACAAACCUUUCAGCCCAAGGUCAACCUCCAAGACCAAGAGCUCAUUUCAGGAUAACAGCAAAUAUGGAACCGCCACCAUCAGGAGUAAAGGCUCGAGCUUUAGAUAUUCCACUUUAUGAGAUUGGCUUUGAGUUCCUAGAAAUCACACCCCACAAACUCACUGGCCGUCUACCUGUGACAGAAAAGUGUUGCCAGCCGUUCAAGGUGUUGCACGGUGGAGUUUCAGCUAUGAUAUCUGAGGCUUUGGCAAGUAUGGGAGCUCAUAUGGCUUCUGGUUUUUCGCGAGUAGCUGGAAUUCAUCUCAGCAUACACCAUCUCAAGAGUGCUCAAAUUGGUGACCUUGUUUUUGCUGAGGCUACACCAGUCAACAUUGGCAAAACUAUUCAUGUUUGGGAAGUUUGUCUUUGGAAGAUUGAUCCAAACAAUGAGGAAAACAAGACUUUGAUAGCAUCAUCAAGAGUCACCCUUAAGACCAACAUGCCUGUACCUGAAAAUGCCAAAGAUGCUGCUGUCAAUCUCAAGAAAUAUGCUAAGUUAUGAUCAAGUUCAGUUGAGUUUGUUUGCAGAAUAUUUUGAUUGUAUGAGCACAACUGUAGAGAGCAACAAGGCAAUAAAGUAGAGCAAAGAGUAUUAUUGGGUAACCAAAACAUGUUGUAAACCCCUUGCUAUUGUUUGUCUGUUGUUUUGAAUACCCAAAAAGAGUAAAAACUACAUUAUCUGAUGAUUUCUUUGGUUUA